AUGGACAGCAUCACCGAGAAGAUAGCAAAGGUCACUGACCUAAGCACAUACACCGACCUCACCCCGCAGCAUCUCAAGAAGCUGUUUGAUGAGAUCGGUGGCAGCCCUGAGAAGCUCCGUACCAUCUUGAACCUGUGGUUUGUGCCAGACUUCAAGCCAACCUUCAUUGAGCCACCAAACCAUGCUUUCAGUGGGCUACAGGACAUUGAUUUCGUUGAUCACAAAGACACAGAGCAAACCCAACGGCCACUACGUCUAAUUGAUCUCGAGACAGGAAAUCUGGUUGAUGUAUGGAACACAAGUUCCUUAGAUUCAUACUGCAUGUUGUCGCAUCGAUGGAAGGGAGAUGAAAUCACUCUGGCCCACAUCAAGCGAGCAAGAGAGAAGCACCUUGAGCGCGCAAGAAGUGGGCAACUGCCAGAACAUGAUGAUGACAUCCAUAUUGUUCUAGAGCAGUCCCGGAUCGAUGUUAUGGAGCAAGAAGAGGCUAUCAUGUCUUUGUUGGGCAGUAACUCCAGAGGCAUGACUGUUGGCGACCUUUUGACGAUGAAAAUCAAUGCCGAUGAUGCCAAGGCCCAAGUCAACUGGGGAAGGCAAAACCGGGAUGCCAAGAAAGCAAAAGCUGAGCGCUGCCGGAUGGAGAAGAACAUGUUUGAUCAUCUGAUCAGCCGCAUACACCAAAAUAUCAACGACACGACAGAAGAGAUCCAGGACGCUCUCCCUGAUACUCUUGAUUCAAAACUAAUCACCUCUUCACUGGUGGAUGAAGCAGAAAGCGAGUACGCAGAGGCUCAAGUACUACUGAACGUCUGGAUAGAGAACCAGAAAAAGGCAAAUGAUGAAGCCGAAUUCCUGCAUGGUAACAGCCGACUUGGUGACGCGAUAAGCGAAAUGAUGAGCCGUCUCCAGCGAUGGAAGUCAGCUAUCAAACUCGACCACUCAAUGAAUGAGGCCCGCAACAUCUUUCGUACAAACCUAUUCCCAAAGCAAGGUGCUUGCUACAUGUGGUCUGACACCUGCUGCAUCGACAAGCUCAACUACGGAGAAUUGUCCCAGUCACUAUCACUCAUGGGUGAUUGGUAUGCAAAUGCUGAGUUUUGUCUAGUGCAUCUAGACACAGACUGGAACGCAGUUGAUGCCGUCCGUGACUGGAAACAGUUCAAGGGCGAACCAGAAGUUGCACAAGACGACACCACUGGUAUUCCGAGCUUCGAAGCCAUUAAUGGUACCAACCCUGAAUGGGCAAACCGUGCGUGGACACUUCAAGAACUAGUCAUGAGCAAGAUGGCCUACUUCACAAACUCGGAGUGGAAGUCACUGAGCCGACCUAUCGAGAGCCUGGGAUACGUCUAUCCUUUGGUCCCGUUUGUUGAGCUCUACACCCGCGGUGAUAUAUAUAGCAUGCACGCCAGAUCCAUCGAAACGAAGGAGGCUGAAGCACAAGCUUUAAGUGGCAUCACAAACUCCGAGGCCCUUGAAUCACUCCUGGACAAAGAUGAAGUUGCUAUUACCAACAGUGACGAUGGAGGUCAGGAAGCUUCAGAGAAAGUCAAGGUGGCAGUGCGUCUCAUCUCCAUCCUUCACGCUUUGGGAUUUGUAUUCCCAACAGAUAUGACAGUGGAGACUGCCAUGUCUGAAAUGAGCCGCUCUGUUUAUCUGGCAGCAUGGAACCUUGCGAGAGAUGAGGAGAAUCGUUCAAGCGAACGCGCGACGAAGAUCCUUGAUGAGCUAAAGCAUCACAUGCCUUCCACACCAGCAACAGAAGGACGGACGGCUGAGGUAGAAGCGCAAGACGUGAUCAAUUUCCUCCUAAAGGAUGUUGUUUCUCAAACAAAAGGCCACAUCCUAUCAGACCGAAAGACAAUCGCUAGCUUUGGCCAAGUUAGCCAACUAGAAUCUUGGAAGCAAGGAACCAUCCGCAGUGGAUUCCCAGCCGAACAAGUCUUGCAACUUUCUUGCCGACGCAAAGCAACGGUGCCCGUUGACCACGUAUAUUCCCUAAUGGGAAUUCUCGACGUGCGAUUCCAGUCCUUCCACGCAGAAGGCUACCCCAAAGCUUUAUCACGCCUCCUCGACGAGGUUAUAAUCAGUCACAAUGACGUCUCUGUCUUCAACUGGGCGGGAGUGGAUAUGGGAAGCCCUGUGCGAGGGCGAUCGAUGUAUCCUGCUUCCCACAAUGCUUAUGGGAAUGAAGAAGACUGUGGCCGGCGGUAUAGUAUGAUGGUUUCUGCAGAGGUGCAGAGGAAGCGUAAAGAGGUCAUGGUAACCUAUCAAGGUAUCAUCACACUGCUUCGUAAUGCUAUAGACUGUAUUAAGGUGAAGGGUCGCAAGGGUCUUCCCUUGGAGUGGGUUCGGGAGAUCUCUGCCUUCAUUCGCAAGUCCAGCUUCGAUGACCUUCAGCCCGAGUUUGAGAGCAUUACCAAGAUUCUACAGUACAUUCGGGAGUUCUGUAUACCACCCACUGCCUCUUCGCCGGCGACCGAAAAGCAGCCGCCUUUGGAAACAAACACGCCGCUGCUUUCUGAAGAGAAACCCAGUUGGGGCUUCAACAAACCCUCGCUGCCGAGCAUGAAGCUUCCUUCUAGUCGCAAAACCCCCAAACUACCAGGAUUUGGGGUUGGAGGAACCAGUAAGCCAUCCUUUGGGAGACACCGUUCUGAACCAGUGGAGAAGCAUGUUAGUCCAGAGCCAGUUUCUUCUGGCCCAGAUUAUUCAACCACGCCCGAAGUGCCUGAAUGGAUGUCACUAGAUCUAUCGGUCAAAGGAUAUCUGAAGAGCAUCUCCUCCCCGGACCCCAGCGGUGAGAGAGGUUGUCAGUUGCCCAGCCAGAUUCAAGAGCUCGAGGUCAAGACAACUGGGAUAGAGUCAACAACAGGGAAUUGUGGAACCGAAUUGACUCACUCUUCUCUCAAUGACCUGACUUGCCCCAACCCAAUCAUCAUCAACAGUUCCGGUAUCGAAGGUAUCUUCGACAUUCAGCGCAUCAUCGUUACUAUGAUCGAUCGGGAGAAACUCUUGAGGCAAGUCGCUAGAGCGAGUAGCCCAAAACAAAAGAUUUCAGGCUGGUGUACGAUCAGUACAGGGUUCGCUAGCGUGGUUGUGAACUUUGCUUGUGAGCAGCACAUGCUAAAGAAACAGCUCGAUGUUGAACAGACAGUCGAGGACAAAGUGAUCAAAGAAGAUAGGGCCACAAAGCUUCACGGCGACCUGGAGAUCCAGGGAGCAGCAAAGCUAAAGGUAGAUGGACCUCUGUCCAAGGAUGAUAAAUCUAGAGACCUGGACAAGAUAGUCACUGGUUCCAAGCCCACCAAAGAGGAGCAAGCCAUCGUGCGAAUCAUCGAUUUCAUCCAAGAACCACAACUACAACUGGUCGCAGGCGAAUGGGUUCUAGCACGCUUCUCUGGGGCACCAGGCGCCAAGUGGUUCCUCUGCUACCUCGAGCUAGGCUCAACACAUUCCUUUUACGGACAUCGCAUCGCCGCCACAGACAUUGAUUUUGCCAACUCAGCGGUCGAACCUGGGCUUGUGAAUGCCUGGCAGACCUACAUGGGUCGGAAGAAGAGAAAGAUGUGUAACAUAUUGGAUAGGUACAUCGAGAGUUCCUCCAGCGCAGCUAAGGGACAGGAAAGGCUUAAUAAUGGUUCAGAGAUAGCUGCUCAGAAUUAUGGAAGGCUUGUCGAUGCAGGGAACCAGAGUCUGGAGAGGGUUAUGAGCAUGGGGUCUGUGUCGUCUUCUACACUGAAGCUACCAUUCUACGAAAACCCCAAAGAGAACAAAGACCCAGACCUAGAGUCAGACGAGGAGGAAUCUGGGAAAGGGCUCUUUGAUGAUAUUCUCGACCAAGGCAAGGAAGCUGCCACAGCCCUGGGCGAGUACACCGUCCUCGCGGCGUAUGAGAAGAUCUGCGAGAUGCAUGCCCAGCAUCUGGAUAAGCACUUGGCCACUUCUGUUCUGAAAAAGACACCCAAGAGUCUGCAGACCGCAGUGGAGAGUGUGGAUGAGAAUAAGGGUUUCUUACCGGCUAUGUUUCAUUCUUCCAGGAGGGUGCAUAUGUUUUGA